UCUUCAAGGAGAUACACUCUCGGGAGGAGAGAUGUUUUAUUCGGGGAUCCUGACAGAGCCGAGUAGGAAAGAAGUGGAGAUCAGGGAAGCGGCGUCUCUCCGCCAGCAGAGGAGGAUGAAGCAGGCGGUUCAGUUUAUUCACAAGGAUUCUGCAGAUCUCCUCCCUCUGGACGGGCUGAAGAAGCUGGGCACUUCGAAAGAUACUCAACCACAUAACAUCCUGCAGAAGCGCCUGAUGGAGACAAAUUUAUCCAAGUUCCGAGGCAGCCGAGGCAGCUGGACUCCGAAGGGCGAUCUCUCAUCACAGACCAACAAGCUGAACCAAACCAAACUGGGCAGCUCGGGCAAAACAGAGGAUGAAGAGCUCAUAGUGGUGAGCUGCCAGUGUGCGGGGAAGGAGCUGAAGGCCGUGGUGGACACCGGCUCACAGCAUAACCUCAUGUCAUCCGCCUGCCUGGACAGGCUGGGGUUAAAGGAGCAUCUCAAAGCACUCCCUGUUGAAGAUGAGAUGGUUUCGCUGCCAAACAAGGUGAAAGCCAUUGGCCAGAUCGAGUGUCUGUCCCUCAUGGUGGGAGCGGUCCCCGUGGAGUGUGCUGCCCUCGUCGUGGAAGACAACGAGCAACCCUUUUCCUUUGGGCUGCAGACACUGAAGUCUCUAAAGUGUGUCAUAAAUAUGGAGAAGCACCACCUCGUUCUGGGGCAGAUGGACAGGGAAGAAAUCCCGUUUGUGGGCAUUGACAGUGCUGAGGCAGGAGAGCACAGUUUGGAGGCAUAAAGAGAAGUUGAAACGCCAUCCCCACACAAGAGCUUGAUAUCAAAGAAAUCCUGUGCAGCUGUUCCAGAUGAAACAGCAAUGCGCUGCUUUGAAAACAUUUAUACUAGGCUACAGCUUGAGUAGAGCUAAAUGAAAUCCUGUUUGUAGCCAGUAAUUUAGAGAUAUUGUCAUGUUUAUCUAUGGGUUUUGAGAAACAAACUUAUUGUGCUUAUUUUCUGGACUUUUCUAUAUAGUGUCCUCUUUAUUACAAACAGUUGGGAAAACCUUAUGAAUUUCUUCUGAUGAUAAAACUACUUUUUAUAGUGGGCUCGUAUGAGUAAUUGUACUUAGCUGUGAUUAGAGGCUAUCAGAAUGAGAUUUUUAUUAAUGAUUUUUCCAGGGGCUAAGAUUUAUAUUCACUUAAUUGAUAUUGCCACAUUCAAAUGGCCAUUACCAGGAAGUUACUCCGAGUGAAAUAACAAUGUUAAUACCACCUAGGAAUUAUAGCUCAUCCUGUUAGCAUAGUAUUGUUGCCAUGUAAUUAGGGAUGCAGCUGCUGGCCUGAUGAGAAAGAGCAAUUGCAGAAUUAUUAAUGGGUUACAGGCUUCUCUGCAGUGGCGUGGCAGAAGCACAGGAACAGGGUUUGGGAAGGCUCCCAGAGUGAUCUCCCAGUGUGGGGUUGGCACCAGCACAGGGACUCAAAACCUUCCGAGGAAGGAUCCUCUAGGCAAGUCUUGGCUGCCUUCCUAUGGGGGUAGUCAAGUAAAUCAACCAUUACACCGGCCCAAAAAGUAACAAAAAGCACGGAAGUGUGUUGUGUGGAAAGCAGCAGAUGCAGUGCCCGGGGUUGCCCCUGCCACCAGGACCUGUGCCCACCCCUGCCCACCCAGCACCCAGCCUGAAUCCCCUGCAGCACCCAGGCCACGCCUGGUGCAGGUUACUGACUCCAGCUGCACUUCAGUGCUGCUGCCAGAAAUGCCAUAUUUUUUAUACCUGUCUACAGAUUGCUUGGGUUCUUAAGUACAACCCUUGAUGACCCUCAGGGGAGGUGGGAGUUUUUGCCAGGACAAGCUUUCUGUUUGGUUUCACUGUCCUGGAGCAGCAGGGCUGCUGCUUCCCGUGCCACACAAUAUUGCCUGGGGGAGCCUGGCCUCACACAAACUCAGAUUUUCAUGUUUUCAAAACCUAACGGGAAUUAAUUGCUGGCAUCUGCUUGAAGAGGCAUCUUUAAAAUUCAGAAUAAUGUCCUUGUGGUGUUGUGCAUCUGCUGAUGGCCAGUCCUGCUGCAGCUGGAUCCUUAAGGGGUCAGGUUGUGCUGCAGGAGUCAGGCAGCUCUGACUUAGCAAAAGCGCUUUGGCCCCGGCAUCAGCUACAAGCACCAGCGUCAUUCCUGCUUCAGAAGCCUCUUGGGUGGUUCUGGGUGAGAAUCAGAAAGUUUGGUCACCCCAUGGCCAUUGGCAGCCAGGCCCCUGGCAGCUGAUCCAGUGUGUGUGCCCACCCCUGCCAUCCCAUGCCUGUCACAGCAUCUCAGCUGGAGCUUUAUCUCCUGCAGUGGGUUUGGACUUCUUUUCAAUAUUGAGUACAUCCAGCAAACCUGAACUAUCUGUAUUUUGAGCUAUUUUCUAUUUUGGUGAUAAGCUUCAGUGCUUUCUCUACAUACAGUAUUUUAUAUAACACAGUUAUAAAUAUAUAUAUAUAUAUAUUUACAGGGUUGGGCUGCCCAGGGUAGUCCCACUGAUGUGUUGUAGAAAUAUUUCACUAAAUAUGAAAUAUAUUUGAUUAUUUUAUAUCCUAUGAGUUUGGUAUUUUGGUACUUUUUUCUUUCUGUGCCUAUUACUGUGUUAAAUGUCAAAUUAAA